GGUAGCGACUGAAACUAUUUUGAAUUUAAAACGGCAAUACAUGACCUGAGGGAAGUUAGUCGAGGUUCAUGAUUGUGUCUUUUAAACAUUAAGAUAUAUGCCUGACUUUGUUGGAUACGCAUGAAGACUCACCUGGAACAGAGUUGAUUCCUAGGACAGACACCGGUGAGCCUGCUUUUCCACAAUGAUCUCCGACGUGGACCUGGAGCAGCUGGCUGAAAUAGAACUGAGGAAGGACGAGGAGGAGCAGGAGGUGCAAGGCGACCUCCCCGCUGAUGUCCUCAGGAGGGGCUCCUGUGUGGACGCCUCACACCCCUACUACGAUGUGGCCCGCCACGGCAUCCUCCAGGUCGCCGGGGAAGACAAGUACGGCAGGAAACUGAUCAUCUUUAGCUGCUGCUGCAUGCCCCCGUCCCACCAGCUCAACCACCACAGGCUGCUGGAGUAUCUGAAGUACACGCUGGACCAGUACGUGGAGUGCGACUACAGCGUGGUCUACUUCCACUACGGCCUGCGCAGCUCCAACAAGCCGUCGCUCAGCUGGCUGCGUCAAGCCUACAACGAGUUCGACCGCAAGUACAAGAAGAAUCUGAAAGCGCUCUACGUGGUCCAUCCAACCAACUACAUCCGAGUCCUUGGGAAUCUGUUCAGUCCCCUGAUAAGUCAUAAGUUUGGGAAGAAGGUGACGUACGUGAACUAUCUGUCAGAACUGAGGGAACACCUGAACUACGAGCAGCUGAGCAUCCCCCCGGAGGUCCUGCGACACGAGAGGCUAAGAGUGGCAAAGAAGGGGGCGCCGGCCAGAGUCCCCCCUCGCCCCCCCCUCCCCUCCCAGCAGUUCGGAGUCAGCCUGCAGUACAUUCGUGACAGAAACAAGGGCGCGCUGAUACCCCCGGUCAUGUCCGAGACCGUGUCCUACCUGAAGGGGAAAGGGCUCCGCACCGAGGGAAUCUUCCGGAGAUCAGCCCGCGUGCAGCUGAUCAAAGACAUCAAGAAGCUCUACAACCUGGGAAAGCCGGUGGACUUCGAUCAGUACGGCGACGUCCACGUGCCCGCCGUCAUCCUGAAGAGCUUCCUGAGGGAGCUGCCCGAGCCCCUGCUCACCUUCCUGCUGUACGAGCAGGUGCAGGACAUCGUGCAGGUGGAGAGCAGUCUGAGAGUGACGGUGGUCAAGCAGGUGAUCGAGGGUCUCCCGGAGCACAACUACGCCGUGCUGAAGUACCUGGUCUGCUUCCUGCACAUGGUGGCGCAGGAGAGCAUCAUGAACAAGAUGAGUCCGUCCAACCUGGCCUGCGUCUUCGCGGUCAACCUGAUCUGGCCUCCGCACGACUCCGUGUCCCUCCGGGCGCUCACCCCCCUCAACAUAUUCACCGAAAUCCUGGUGGAGCACUACCGCACCGUGUUCGGGUCCCGCUCCGCGCCCGGUGAACUCCUGCCCUGAGGCGGCCGGCCGUGCUGACGGAGCUCUCCGGCCCCUCCGCCCCAGGCCUCCGCCCUGACCUCACACUACACCUGCAGCGACGAACUCCUGGCCGCCCAUCAGACUGAGAUCAGAGAAUGUGAACAUUUUUACAGGAAAUGACGCUUUGGCUAUGCCACCUUGUUAAAAUUGAAACGAUAAAUGGUGGUGUUAACGUGCCAACGUUCAGCAACGUAGGAGGAGUAAUGGAAUAACCUCAGCCACAUUAGCCUAAAGCGUAGCACACUGCGUCAACUGUCCGACUUCCUGGACCCCCAAGACAGCGGGAUAAAGGUCUUGGGGGAUAUUCAUAAGCCAGCCGAGAUACACACAGCUUCAUCUAAGGUAACGUCGCACUGACAUCGCUGGACUUGCUAGCCUGGUUAACAUGCAUAUUCGAUUGCACUUGGUUAUAAUGUGUUGCCAAAUAAUUACGCUCACUUCCUCUGCUUUGCCUCGAUGUUACUAGUUACCAGUUGAAUGCCCUGUUGAAUGCCCUUAAAGCAGUGGUCUGCUGGUCUGAGACUCUGUGGCUCUCCAGGACCAGGGUUGGAGACCACUGCCUUAAAGAAAAAUGUAAGAAUUUUUUUUUUUUUUUAAUUAAAUUUAAAUUCAAUUUAAAUGCAGUAAUGGAGGGUGGGACCUAGACGAAUUCUCAAAUUUACUUACAAAAGGAAAAAAUGAAUUUAAAUAUAAAUUACAGGAAAUAAAUGUAUAUAUUUUUU